UGAAACGACUAGCCAAAAUUAAUAAAUUUAACUGUUUCAAUAUUUUCAUACUUUAGCAUAUAUUUUAUUAGUAUUUAUUAACAUUAUAAUGAACAGUGAAACUUAUAUUAUUCCCCAUGAUUGGAUGUUCUAUUCGGAUAUUGUGGUGAAGACCGAGUUUAAGUUGUACAACAUAAUGCCGGCGAAUAAUUUUCAGAGUCGAAUAGUCCACCGCUGUCAACGUUUGAAGAUAGCCGGUUAUAUAAUAAACACCCUUGAUGGGAAACGAGCUUUUGGGGUGAUGGAAGGUCAGCGGGAGAAUAUAAACAAAAUCAAGGACUGGAUAUUGAGAUACUGCAUUCCGGAACCCUUCCAUCGUCGUGUCAUCUUCUCCGCCUACGAAUUUAGCUACAAUCCGAGCAGCGAACCCUUUCAUCAAAGAGAAAAUGCUCCCAAGGGUACCAUAUUCCUGGCCGAUCUGGACGAGAGUUGCUUUAAUGAGUUCGAUUUCGUAGAGGUGCCCCUAAAAGGAGACGAUGAUGAUCCAAAUGAAUCACUUGGAGAAUAUGCCGAUUUCUAUACCAAAAAGAACAGUGACUUCGGCAAUGCUGACACCACCUCUGAAACCAUAACUUCAAUCGAAAGUUAUGAUGAAACCACAACGUCCGGCGAUGAUGUCGAUUAUACCGCCACUAAGCCCACAUUGCCCGCCGAUGAUUGCAGCUAGAAAUUUCUCGCAGUGUAGAGGCGACUCGUGCUGGCCAUUGUUCAACACUAUUUGCGCUACUCAAUCUCUUAAUUAAAUAUGCGACUAACUGGCAGCUCGGAGGCACUCGAAGAGUGGCCCAGACAUCGUCGUUUAGUGUCGAAAUUGUGCAAGUUUUGAUUUUCCUUUUGUUGUUAUGGAAGUCGCUGGUUUUCUUGUGUUUUUUCGUCUUGUAUCUUGCUGCUGGAUAAUCACAGGCCCGGCGAACAGACGGCAGAAAUUAAAUCAGCCAAGGUUAUCGCAUUAAUAAGCCCCCUGGUUUGGGUUUUACAGUUUUCUGAGCUAGUCAAUUAUUAAAUUUGCAAUUUCCGUAGCUGAACUUUU